AUGUGGGAAGAGGUUAGGUACAUUAGUUCCCUGCGCACUGUGACCACAAGUAACAAUCAAAAACGAGUGGCUAGAGAACCCAAGAAGGUGGCAUGGCUGACGAAGCUACCAGCCUCCAAGAAGACACCCCCGAGCCAACGGAAGUCUCCAGCAGGAGCGACAGACACUCAGUCUAAGCGGAAGAAGGCCUUCCGGUUCGUACCAUCUAGCGACAUCUUGUUGCUGAAAGAAGCUGUGAAGCACCGACCUUGGGCUGCUGGUCACGGAGAGACCCAAGUAUCCUGGUCCAGCGUCGCCAUUGGACUCAAGACAGCUCUACCAUCGUGUACAGCCGAUGGAAAGGCCUGCCGUCGCCGCUUUAAUGCCCUCUUAGAUGUUUUUCGACGCGAUGAGCUGGAGUCGCUAAGGGCUUCCGGUACUGCCGAAGAUUUCGAGGAGCGUGAGCAGCUUUUAACGGAUUGUAUGGCCCUGGUUGAUGAGUGCCUGCAAGCGAAAGCCGACAAGACGGAGAAAGAAAAAAAGGAGGCAGAGCGGCGUGAUCGAGCCUCAGCUGAUGUGGUUCAAAGUGCAAUGGAGGGUAUACGAAGGUCUCGGUCAAAAAGUCCUGAAGACGACGUAUCAACUCCUUCGUCAAGUAAAAAAAAGAAAAGGUCGAGCACCGAGGCCCUUGUGGAGUUUCUCGAUGCCAAGGCGGAAACGCGCAGCACCAGAGAGAAGCAGAAGGAGCGCCAGCUUCACUUGGAAGAACGUCGCCUUGCCCUGGAGGAGCAACGACUACAGCAAGACCGAGAGAAGACGGAUAAACUCAUGGAGAUGAUGGCUAGCCAGAUGGGACUUAUGUCCAAACUGAUAGAGAAGAUAAAUAAAUAA